AUGUCUACGAACGAGUCCGUGACUAUGAAGGCAUGGGUGCAUUCCAGGAGUGGCCUACCGUCGGAGGUUCUAUCUCUAACUACUCUGCCCGUCCCCUGCCUCACUUCGCCAACCCAAGUCCGGGUCAGGAUAUCGCACUGCGCGCUCAAUCCUGGUGGCAGCAUCACGAUGCAGCUGCUCCCGUUCAUCUUCAGGACCUCUCCUUCUAUCCCGGAAAUGGAUUUCUCGGGGACCAUUGUUGAACUCGGACCUGGUGUCCCAGCGGCUCGCGACUUAACUCCCGGUCAGCACGUCUUUGGAUCUAUUCCAGUGGGGCAGCAUGCCAGAUCUGGUUCCGGCUCGCUCGCCAAAUAUGUGGUUGUCGAUCGCACUGCUGUUGUGAAGAAGCCGGACGGCGCAACACUGGAAGAAGUCGCAGGAUUGGGGAUUGCAGGGGCGACCGCCUUGGAGCUGAUCAAAGCUGCGAAGCCGAAGAGAGGCGACAGUGUGCUUGUGAAUGGGGCAAGCGGAGGCAUCGGACAUAUGGCUCUGCAGAUGUGCCGCGCCGAAGUGGGUGAGACAGGGAGGGUGAUCGCUGUAUGCUCUGGCGAGAACGCGGGGUGGGUGAAGCAGCUCGGAGCCGAUGAGGUGAUCGACUACAAGGAGCACGCCCCUGUGCAUCCGCAUUUAGCAAAGACAUUCGACCAGUCCCGGUUCAACGCUGUUAUCGACGCAGUAGGUAUUCAGGACAUCUAUCACCACUGCCCUGGAUUCCUCGCCGACGGAAAACCGUACGUCACCGUCGGUCCUCGUCCACCGAGCUACACGGUGCUCGGUAUGCUUGCGACAGUUGGGUUGAUGGCAAAGAACGCGCUGUUACCGCGCAUCCUAGGGGGAGUCCCAAGGGAUUAUCGGCAGGUGACUGGAGUAUCGAGCCAGCAGAACCUGCAAGAAUUAGGAAAGAUGGUAGAGGAGGGGAAGCUGAAGGUCCACGUUGGGGCCAAAGUAAAGAUGGAGGAUGCGAAACAGGUACGCUUGCGGUUUCAACUAUGGUAUGAAGACUAA